AUGAUGAAGUCUGCUCAAAAGAAAAGGAAAUCUGAUGUGAACAUCGAUCUUAACAGUACACUCCCGCCUAAGAAAGAUCGACCAUGGUACGCCGAAGAGGCUGGCCUGAAGGAUCCAUCCGAAAAGAGCCGACGAAAAAGUAUCGUAGGACUAGGAAAGGGUUUGCUGAAAAAGAUGCGAAGCUCUUCUGCCCUCAAGGACCGUAACAGUCGAGACAGUGCAGCGUCUGCCAUAUCGUCAAGUACAAGUGCCAUGCCUGUCUUCAAGCAUCCAUCUCUUAAUAUCACCCUUGACACUAUGCCUGAAGAUCAGAUAUCAUACCGCAGCGAUUCUAGUGCAAUAUCCGGGGACAGUUGCGUUUUACCUCCUUCCUUCAAUCGUAAUAAAGAUCUUGUUAGACUUGUUGGAAAAGGAUUGGAGAAGCGGAACUGGGAUGAAGGGAUUUCAUUCACAACCGAAUCAGCCUCUUCAGGAGACAGUCCUUGCCGUCUAGGUAGUGCUGCUUCUCUUUGUACACCAGCCAGAGAGUUCCAACGUGAGAAAUCGAACCGCGGAAGCUCUCGCAGCAUGCCCCCGCAAUCUGAUCUUAUACGUGGAUUGUGUAAUAGCGCUAUCCGACGUACAUUCUCCUCUGUUUCUGAUACUGUUGGCAGUCCUCAACGAUUCACUCGUGAACGAUCCAUGAGAUUGAGGGAGAAGCUCUUGCUGAGUGCCAGUAUGGCAGAGUUACCCGAGGAAGAGCUUGCACCUCCUCCAGCUUGCGGUGAAGUAACUGACGAAACUUCCACACCGACUCACAUCGCAGAAGGAUCGAGUCGAAGGACUAGUUUGGUGUGGUCAACACUACGGUCUAAGUCGAAGAUAUUCAGUUCAAAGAAAAGAGUUGACGGCAACUCAACUCCUCUUUCUGUUAGCACAGUAGAACAUGCGACCAACGAAGAGGGGAUAACUCCAACAGGGAGGGGAUUGCGGAGGUCAUCGGUGAGCUCAUCAAGUGUACAAAAGAGAGUUUCUUCUGCCUUGAAGAAAGGAUUAGGUUUGCGUGGAUCGAACAACAAUUUGACUGCCGAUCUUCCAACCCGAACUCCAGCCGGUAUAAUUAAACGUUCUUCUACAACCUCUAAGGAUCGAAAUCGAAUGUCAUCUAACUUCUCCAGAAGAUGCAGUGAUGUUUCCAGUAUUCUCGAAAAGCAAGUUCGUACGGAUCAAAAAAAGAAGGAAGCAGAAGAAGCUCAGCUGUAUAUGAAGAAAGUGUUGAUCAGUGAAGAGCCAGUGCUCAAAGUGAUCGGGAGAGAUGAUUAUGACGCUGUGAUAGUUGAUGUUGGAGCAACAGGAAUACCGAUUUCUGAUGUUGCCAAAAAGAUCCUCUCGGAUGGCUCUGGGAAAGAACUGCAUAGAGUUUGCAUGUUUAGUCCAUACAAAAAUGGAAUUUUGGCGACUUCAAAAGGAAAACCAGAUGUGAUCUACGUUGUUACUGAUAUGGAGGAUUCAGUAGACAAGCGUGUACGGGUGGGCAUGGCCAGCGGCAUGCGGGAGGCAUUUGAAAGUGGCCGACUAAAGAAGAUCUUAGCAUACCCCUUCUGCGUGCCUGAGAACAAAGAGUUGUUGGAUUUUGUCCUCCAACAAUUUCUGCUCACCUCAUAUAAGGCAUUUACGUGGAGCCCAAAAGCGAAAACUUUUGAUGGAACGAUCACCUUAGCUGGAACCACGGAUGACAAUUGUGCGCAAAUGCGUCACUUUUACGAGGAGUUGCUUUCAACAGAAAUUAAACCGAAAAUAGAUGCCUAUGAAUCAAUACUUUCUUCAGCAACUGAGUUAGUUGACAAAAAUAAGGAAAAAGAAUCUGGUAGCUAG